CCGGAAGCGAGCAUGGCGGCCGCCGGGGCCGCGGGGGCCGCGGCUACGGAUCUAGAAGUGAUCCGGGGCAAACGCGCCGCCCUCUUCUUCGCUGCGGUUGCCAUCCCGCUGGGAUUGCCGCUGUGGUGGAAGACCACGGAGACGUACCGGGCCCCUCUGCCUUACGCCGAGAUCAGUGGGCUGAACGCCCUGCAGCUACGGCUCAAGGUGCCAGUUACUGUGGUGUUUACCCGGGAUUCAGUGCCUCUGGACGACCAGGAGAAGCUACCUUUCACGGUUGUGCACGAAAGAGAGAUCCCUCUAAAAUACAAAAUGAAAAUCAAAUGCCGUUUCCAGAAGGCCUAUCGGAGAGCUUUGGACUAUGAGGAGGAAGCCCUAUCAUCGAGCAGUGUGCAUGAGGCAAAAGCCAUGUUAGCCGAGCCUCAGGACCAAGCAGAGGGCUCCCUGACUGUGUAUGUGAUCUCUGAAAACUCUUCACUCCUUCCCCAGGACAUGAUGAGCUACAUUGGGCCUGAGAGGACAGCAGUUGUACGGGGGAUAAUGCACCACGAGGCUUUUAACAUCAUUGGCCGUCGUGUGAUCCAAGUAGCCCAGGCCAUGUCUUUGACUGAGGAUGUGCUUGCUGCUGCUCUAGCUGACCAUCUUCCAGAGAACAAGUGGAGCUCUGAUAACAGGCGGCCUCUCAAGUCCAGCUUGGGGUAUGAGAUCACCUUCAGUUUACUCAAUCCAGACCCCAAAUCCCAUGAUGUCCACUGGGACAUAGAGGGGGCUGUCCAGCGCUAUGUGCAGCCCUUCCUGAAUGCCCUCAGUGUUGUUGGCAACUUCUCUGUGGACUCCCAGGUAUAUCACUGUGACCAGGUAGGGAAAACACAGGAGAAAUUUAGCAAGUCUUGGAAACCUGGAUCCAGUGCUGCCUCCUUGUAUCCUGUGCUCAACUUCCUACUCUAUGUGCCUGAGCUUGUCCACUCCCCACUAUACAUUCAGAACAAAAAUGGGGUUCCAAUGCCUACAAACGCCUUCCACAGUCCCCGCUGGGGUGGCAUUAUGGUAUAUAAUGUUGACCCUCAAACCUAUAAUGCCUCUGAGCUGCCAGUGAGAGUGGAGGUGGACAUGGUACAAGUGAUGGAAGUGUUCCUGGCUCAGUUGCGGCUGCUCUUUGGGAUUGCUCAGCCCAAGGUGCCACCAAAAUGUCUUCUUUCAGAGUUUAAGAGUGAAGGACUAAUGACCUGGGAGCUAGACCGGCUGCUCUGGGCUCGGUCAGUGGAGAAUCUGGCCACAGCCACCACCACCCUCACCUCCUUGGCUCAGCUUCUGGGCAAGAUCAGCAACAUUGUCAUCAAGGAUGAUGUGGCAUCUGAGGUGUAUAAGGCUGUGGCUGCAGUCCAGAAGGCAGCAGAGGAGUUGGCCUCUGGGCACUUGUCAUCUGCCUUUGUCGCCAGCCAAGAAGCAGUGACAUCCUCUGAACGUGCCUUUUUUGAUCCUUCACUCCUCCACCUCCUCUAUUUCCCUGAUGACCAGAAAUUUGCCAUCUACAUCCCACUCUUCUUACCUAUGGCUGUGCCCAUCCUCCUGUCACUGGUCAAGAUAUUCCUGGAGACCCGGAAGUCCUGGAAAAAGCCUGAGAAGAUAGACUGAGAGGGAAGCAUCUUAGUAGAAAGCCUUCCUUUCUGGCCAGUGUGGGAGGUGGUGGGUUGAGAAGCAUCUCAGUGAAGCCUGAUGGGGAUGACUUGUCUCCAGUCUCCUCUGUUGGUUCUCUGACAACACUCCAAGAUGGGCUCAUCCUUCUUCCCUUUCCUCAGGUUCUGGUCCUCUACUAUCACUUCCAGAAGUCUCAGAAGACAUCUGAGAGCUGGGUGCUGGUGACUCAUGCCUAUAAUCUUAACUACUUAGGAAGCUGAGCUCUGAG